AUGGGCAUGGAUAAAUUGAUCGACGCUCAACAUGAACUUCACGUGCGUAUAUUACGUAGUGUCGACAAUUUACGAAAAAUCGGGGCGGCCAAGCUGAACGUGGACACCAUCCAAGCUGCGAUCCGCCUCCUGGACGACAAGUGGACCAGAUUUCAGGAGCUGCACGAGGAGCUCCGCGACAAAUACUGGAAGGAGAUAAAGGAAGAUGAGUACACCUCCGACGACCUUCCAAGCAAGGUCGAAACGGCGUAUUACACGCAACGCUCCGAACUCGCCGAGAUGGAGGAAAGGCUUUCCAAGCCAUCGGAAGCUGACACCUCCGAGAAGACUCGAGGAAGCGCGUCGUCCCGCAAGACCCUGCCACGCAUCAAUCUGCCUCAAUUCUUCAGUGGCAAGUUCGAGGAUUGGCCAAGCUUCCGGGACCUGUUCUGCUCCAUCAUCCUCGGGGAUCCAUCCUUGACUAAGAUCGAGCAGCUGCACUAUCUCAGGACGAGUGUCAAGGGCGACGCGGAGCAGCUCAUUCGGAACUUGCCCUCCACGGAAGACAACCUGGAACAGGCAUGGGACAUGCUGACGACAUAUUUCGAGAACAAGCGCUUCCUCGUGCGUUCCUACCUGACGGCCUUCACAUCGCUGCCGAGGAUGAAGGCUUCCUCGCCCGACGGCAUCCGUCGAAUCUUCCACGGCGUACUCACCACAGUCGGCGCUCUGAAGGGCAUCGGGCGUCCGAUAAGCGACUGCACCGACCUUUUUGUGCACCUGGUCGUCGAACUGCUGGACGCCGAAACUUGA